AUGUCAUUGAACGUUUUUGAUAAACCAAUAAAACUAGAAUUAAGUCGUGCUAUUUCAAUAACUGCUGUUGUUGGUGAUGUUCAAGCAAGUAUGUUUGGUCAAUGUGUAUGUCAACAUGGUGAAUGUUUACUUACAUUAGGUACGGGUGCAUUUGUUAAUAUUUUAACCGAUCAAGUUAGUGCUUGUAGUGAUGGUAUAUAUUCACUUGUAGCUCAUUCAAAUCUUUCAUGUCCUGAUGAAAAUAUUUAUUUUCUUCAUGCUUAUCAUACAUUUGGUGGUCAUUCUAACGAUCCAUAUUGUGGAUCUGGUUUUAUUGGUAUUGAUUAUCAAACAACACGUGAUGAUUUACUUCGAUUAAUACUUGAAUCAAUAGCAUUUGUUGUUUAUGAAUUAUUUAUACUAAUACAACAUGAUUUUAAUAAAUAUCAAGGUGAAGAAAAUUUUAAAUUUUUACAUGUAGCUGGUGCAAUAUCAGCAUGUGAUUUUAUAUGCAAAUUAUAG